UUCCUCUUUUGUAUUCUUUUUUCCUUGCAAAAACAGCCCAUGCCUUACGUAUACAUCUGGUUGGAAUUGGUCAUUGGAUCGGUGAAACGUAACUACUGUUUUGGGACUCUGAGUUGCGCUCGCCGCCGCGAUCGCCACGCCGGCCGGAGGCCAAGACGCCUCGCGCGAUCGCCAGGGCGCCGCCCUCCGCCGACGUCCAGGUUCAAACGUCGCCCUCCUCCGCCCUCCUCCUCUUCUUUCCCAAUCUCCCUCCAAACUGUAGGGGCUGGGCCAUCCUCGUCUCUGGCGCGCGACCGGCGCCGCGAUCCCGUUCCUCGGCCGCUGGUGCCUGGUGGCCGCGGGCGCAGGAACACGCCGCCGCCGCCGUCACGGGCAGGUAGUGGCAGGGGCCGAGAGGGGAUCACGCCGGCGCUGCUCGAGGACGGCGCGCUCAUCGCGAGGGGUAGCGUCGUAGCGAUGUCGAAGGGUGGGACGGGGAGGCCACAAGGAGCCGCGACUCCGCGAGCGGCGGCCAGCGGGCGCGCGGGCGGGCAGGCGGCUGGCUGGUACAGGGUAGGCGGCCCUAGCGGCAACUCAGAGUUGCAGACCGAUUCGGUGCAACCAGAUAAUGUGAGAGGGGCAGGCCGGUGCAUUUUGGUCGUUCCACGGCCUGGAAAAAGAAAAAAAAUGAAAAUCAAUACAAGAGGAAGAAUGACAAGGAAAACGAGUUGUCAACGGUCUACUGCGUUCUCUGCAAGCUCAAAUGUACAAGUCCAGCAUGUGCGUUGCAGAGAAAUGAUAGACUUGUAUCAGCUAGCUAGAGAAACGGUGAUACUGAAGAUCGGGGCUGCAGAAAUGGAGGCAGCACACAAGGAGGGAUUGAUUUUUCGUUCUCAUGAAGCUGAAGUUUAUGGACCACACAUGGAUGAGUGGGACCCAUGGAAUCCUCCCUAUCCUUCGUACCGUCCCGCUCCUUCUGAUCUUGAACUCAGGUUGUAUUCGUUUCUUAGGGUCUAAAUUUUAGAGGGGUCACAUCAAAGAGAAUCUUAUCAUUUAGAAAUAUCAAAUAAAGUCUAAUUACAAAACUAAUUGCAGAACCCCAGGGCUAAUUCGCGAGACGAA